CUCUCCGAUAAGUCCUAUACAUUACAACAGAUGUAUGAAUUAUCCAGACGGGCAUCUUGUGCUUUACGAAAGCAUGGUCUUCGUAAAGGCGAUGUUUUAGCAAUCAUUAGUCCAAAUACCCUAGAUUAUCCAAUUAUCCAGCUAGCUGCAAUGGCUAUAGGUGCUACUAUUACAGCUUUCAAUCCUUUGUCGACACCUAAGGAAAUAUCCUAUUUGCUAAAUGAUUCUGGAGCAAGAUUUGUAAUUUUGCAUCCAUUUGUGAUUAAAAACUACGAGGCAGCGGAAAAUAAAGGCGUUGAUGAGAAAUUCGUUUUUGGAAAUGUCGACGGAUACACUUCCAUCUCCAGCUUUUAUGAGGAAGAUGACUCCACAUUUAUGGUCGAUGAAACUAUUGAUGUUAAAGAAGAUGUUGCAAUGAUGUUUUAUUCAAGUGGUACUACAGGCUUACCUAAAGGAGUCAUGCUUUCCCAUCGCAACAUUAACUCAAUCUUCGGAAUGGCUGAUGUUAUAAAUGAAUUGCAUCCUAUUUUCUUUGUGGGAAAAGUUUGUUUUGGUCUCUUACCGUUCUACCAUAUUUAUGGUAGUAUCCUAGUACUAUUUUUGCGCAUGGUAACCAGUAAAAAGCUAAUUAUUGUACCUCGAUUCGAUCCUGAAGGUUUUCUUGCUGCUAUUCAGAAAUAUAAAAUUGAAAUGCUCAAUCUAGUACCACCGCUCAUAAAUUUCCUCGCUAAAAGUCCAUUAGUCGAUAACUUUGAUUUGUCUAGCGUAUCAAGUGUCUUUAGCGGAGGAGCAAGUUUAUCUCCUGAAGUUGGUCAACUAGCAGCGAGUCGGCUAAAUUUACAACUGAUAUAUCAAGGUUUUGGAAUGACUGAAACAACCGGUGCAUGCCACUUUCCUCCACCAGGUAAACGGAUAGAUACCAUAGGGUAUCCUUUACCCAGUAUGGAAUGUAAGAUUGUCGAUAGUGAAAGUAAAAAAUUAAUGGGACCAAAUGAAGUUGGCGAAUUGCGUGUUAGAGGUCCAAAUGUCAUGUUAGGCUAUUGGAAAAAACCUAAAGAAACUUCUGAAACAAUGGAUGAAGAUGGCUUCUUGAGAACUGGUGACAUCGGCUACUAUGAUGAUGAGGGAUUAUUCUAUUUAGUAGAUAGAAUUAAGGAACUUAUCAAGUAUAAGGGAUAUCAAGUUGCUCCGGCUGAAUUAGAGGCAAUUCUAAAUGGACAUCCAGCAGUACUUGAAUCAGCUGUUAUUGGUGUUAAAAAUGAAGAAGCUGGAGAAUUACCAAGAGCUAUAAUAGUAAAGAGGCCAAAUCAAGAUGUCACAGCUGAAGAUCUAAUCACUUACGUUAAUGAAAAAGUUUCACCUCAAAAGAAAUUGAGAGGUGGCGUCAUUUUUGUUGCUGAUGUUCCAAAAUUGCCAAGUGGAAAAAUACUACGCCGAGCUCUACGUGAACAGUACGGAAAGGCUUAGUAUCGAAAUGCGUCGCUAUAACCCAUCGUAGCUUAUGGCACUUUAAUAUGGACCAAUUUUAGAAAUAUUGUUUGCUAAUUUUAUUAUUAUUUUAUUUUCUUCUAUCGUAAUUGCCAAGCUUUCGUGUGUUGUUGUAACGAAGUUUUUAACAGUAAAGUACACCAUAUUAAACUAAUAAAAGAUAGCUACAGU